AUGUCGCGACCCACCUCCCCAAUGCGCACGGAGCCCGAUGGUGGGAACGACCCAGCCGUACCACUCACCAGUGGUGCGGUGGCGGUAGCUACCGACGCCGUCGAACUGCCACCUCCAACGGUGGCCACGACGAGCGACGGCCACGUCGACACGACCCAGGACGUGUCGAACGUAACGAACGCCGGCCUGGCAGCUCCCCAGCCCCACGCUGGGACAGCGCAUAGGAUGCCGUCGUUGUUCGCGCCGACCAGGCAGGGCUGGUCGCCGCGUUAUCCAUUGCUCCCUGCAAUGCUGCACGCGCCAGGGACGUGUGUGGCAUGCGACUCGUGGGCCGCGCACCUCCCGCAAUCGGAGGAGCAGGACCCCGGGUUCGUCACCGCGGCGUACAACGCGUUCACCCAGAUCCACCUCCAGCACGAGGCCGAUCUCGUCCAGCGGGGGUGGGUCCAAGGGGGGAGGGAGCUGGCGGAGCAGCAGAGGCGCCAUGUUGAGAGCAUGGAGCAGGACCUAUGGCGCGCCCGGGAUGAGGUUAAUCACCUCCUCACCAGGAUCCGCGACGUGGAGGAAGCUCUCCAUGACACCCGCGACCGUCUCCACGCCAGCGACGACCGUGUAGGUCGUCGCGACCGCACCAUCGAGCAGCUCGAGCGGGACGUCGAGAGGUUGCGCAGGGAAAUUGGGGACCGACAGGUCGUCAACCCGCCGGAGACGAAGGUUGACCCGGAACUGCUGGAGCCGAGGGAUGGUCCGACUGGGGGGCCAACGACCACCAGGCCACCGCCACCGCCUCCACAGGCCAUCGCGCCGCCACCAACCCCCACGUCGACCUCCCACCCGAGUCGACCCACCAUGCCGCGAGUCAUGAACGACUGGGCGGACUUCUCGGGUUCGGAAGGAGACUCAGACGACGACGACGACGACCCCAAGGAGGAGCGGAGGCGGAUCGACCGGGGAAAGAGCCGGAUGGCCAUGAACAAAGGGAAGGGCAAGCAACAGGAGGGUGGCCAGCCCCAGUUCUUCGGCGGAACUGGGGCACCACCAGCCGCUCCCGAAGGCUGGCCGGUGGGCGUGCAACUCCCCCAGAACUCUGUCAUUGCGAUGGCAGAGCGAUGGUUCAAUUUCAUCCCCCGGUCCUCUCGCGAUGCCCGCCGCUUGAUCGACGCAGCGCGUCGUGGAGACGAGACGGCGGUGGUGCGCGCUCGGGACCUGGUCACGCAGGCCAACCGCGACGGUGCCCUGCGCGGGGUCAACGGCAUCUACACUCUCGUAUCCAACUGGCAGCCACCCCGGAACGUGCCCGCCGCCGCACCCAUGAGAAGUCAUGGAGAGACCACCGAGCAGGACGAGCGGGACCUCCGACAGGCGUUGCUCGAGAGCCGCGAAGAGGCACGCCGACGCGCCGCGGCUGCACCGACAGGAUCGACAGGAGCGGGACCAUCGGGACACCGGACCUCGGCCGCGACGUCCUCCCGCGGACGUGGCGCCGCAGCAUCGUCCACUCGGAUGGACCAUGGGGCUGGACGACAGACGGGCUCGACGCGACUGGGGCCGACCUUCAGCCAGGUCGACGGUCAGUCGCAGUCGACCAAGCGAAAGGCAGAAUCCCCGGCGGCCAAGAUGAGAGCUCCGCCCACGAAAAAGGCGAAGAAGCUACCGCAGCCGACCAACCAGUCCUCCAUAGAGGACUGGCAGGAAUGGUACGCGACGUACCCUCGCAACAUCCUAUCCUCCAUGCGCGUGGGUAGUGAUGGGGUACCGGAGUACGACGACGUCGCAGCCCUCCACACGGCCAGGCGUAUCGGUCCCCACUUGGGUCGAUACUACUGGGAGGUCGCUGUGGCCCAGUUGUUUUCGAUUGAGGGGUUAUACGGACACGUGGUACAGCUGGGGAACUACCCCAUCGGCGACGUAACUUCGACGGUGCCCUACCCGUGGACUGGCGCGAACUCCACGAUCUUCGACGUGGCUCGCUGGUUUGCGGCCUCCGGCUACCAGCCGCACGAGGUGCAGUACCUCGAAAGGUACUUCAUCCGUAGGCGCAACGAGCAUGAGCGGCGGGGACUGGAAGAGGGCGUCCCUUUCACGACGUUCCCCACCAGUCCCGGCGACGUGCACGACGAGGACGUCCCUCGUAUCGACCAGCUGCCGGUAAUCCCAUCCCAUGUGCGUAUGCCUACGGCCGACGUGGCGAUGGGUGCUGCUGUCGCUGGAGAGACCCCCCAGCCCAGUACGGCCGGUACUCCCGCGGAUGAGACCCACCCUACGGAAGAUCGCGCUGACCAACAGCAGUAG